GAGAAAGAAUGGGGGUUAACAAGAAUGUGACGAUGAGAAGAGGGAAGGGAAGGAGGGAGAAGUUGGUUUAGUGGGUAAGAGAUUCAAUUAUGAUGUGAGAGCAAGAGACAAGACGCAAGUGGGGGGGAGGGGGAGGGAGAAGAGACGGAGAGAGAGAGACACACACAGAAAGCAGGGCAGAGAGCAGCAGCAACAGCAGCAGCCACCAUUUACCACCACCAAGCAGGGAGGCGGUGAAGCGGGAACAUGGAAAGAUACUAUGAUAAGAAAGAACUAUUGUACUCACCUCCAAGAAGAAACGAUAACUAUGAUAGUUAAUCGUAAAAAAUUGGUGAAAAGCGCAAGUGAUCUAUCACUGGAUAUGUAUAGUCCGACUGAUUUAGGGGGAACUCGGGGAUGUCGGCAAGGAAAAUAUCUCAGAAGUCAGAAAACCCCCGAAGUUCUAGUAGCUUUCUUUCCAACAGACUUGCUGGAACUUGAUCCCAACUUCCCCCCAAACAAUCCCGGAAUAGCAAGCCAAUCACCCCCAAUCGGACAAUCAAGCAACUUAAUGCAGGCAAAGCAAGCCAACUACCAAAGCAGUCGUAUCAGCUGGUCGGCGGUCUGUCGGCAGGGUUUGCUUAUAAAACAGCCAAUCCCUCAUGCACGGGUUCAGAUAGAAGGACGCCGAAGGGGGAAGAGAGGCAGCGAAGGGAUCGAGGGGAGGGAUGGGCCUAGGAUGGUCCAGACUCGGCGGCGAGGGCUGAUGGAAGGAAAAAGAAGUCGUAUAGCGGGUGGGGAUUAUAAGGGGGGGGGGGGGUAGAAAAGGAAGAAGAAGAAGUUGAUGAUUAUUGAAACCGAACAAGGUCAGGGAAACCGGUUCCGUGUCCGUGGUGGGU